GUAGCGAUGACUAAAUGUGUUUAAGUUGUAUUAAGCAACAAUGACUACAAUUGAGAGUUUGAGACAGUUUGUCAGCGAGCGGCUGGCAGCUGCUGCAGAAGAAAUAUUCGGAGUUAUUGAGCAAACUGUCGUCGUUUACGAGGAAGAGAUCGACCGUCAGCGCAAACUGCUGGAUAUCGUCUGGAAACCCAAAGUAAAGUUACACAGAAUAGAGCUCCAACAGCAGCAUCUCUGUAAGGAGGAGGAGGUUCUUGCCGGCCAGCCGCUCUGUAUUCAGGAGAGCAACUCCAGUCCGGAUCAAGAAGACCCAGAUCCUCCACAGAACAAAGGGGAACAGCAGGAACUCUGCACCGGCCAGGAGGGAGAGCAGCUUGUCCUGAAGCAGGAGACUGAUGCCAGUAUGUUGACUCCUACUCAUGAGGAAAGUGACCACGGUGAAGCUCAGACUGUGAACUUGAGUAUUGAUAAAACUCAGAAUGCGGUGGAGGAGAUGCCCGCUGAGAGCCAAGAUCAGAACGGAGGCCAGCAUGGGGACUCAGGAUCAGCUAGAAAUGCAGAGCCACAACUAAAGAGGAGACUUCGCAAAAACAGAAGUCACAGUAACAAUGUAAACAACGCUGACAUGUCGGAGAUUCACCGCAGAACUCGGACAGAGCUCCAACAGCAGCAUAUCUGUAAGGAGGAUGAGGUUCUCGCCAGUCAGGAGGGAGAGCAGCUUGUCCUGAAGCAGCAGACUGAUGCCAGUAUGUUGACUCCUACUCAUGAGGAAAGUGACCACGGUGAAGCUCAGACUGUGAACUUGAGUAUUGAUAAAACUCAGAAUGCGGUGGAGGAGAUGCCCGCUGAGAGCCAAGAUCAGAACGGAGGCCAGCAUGGGGACUCAGGAUCAGCUAGAAAUGCAGAGCCACAACUAAAGAGGAGACUUCGCAAAAACAGAAGUCACAGUAACAAUGUAAACAACGCUGACAUGUCAGAGAUUCACCGCAGAACUCGGACAGAGCUCCAACAGCAGCAUAUCUGUAAGGAGGAUGAGGUUCUCGCCGGCCAGGAGGGAGAGCAGCUUGUCCUGAAGCAGCAGACUGAUGCCAGUAUGUUGACUCCUACUCAUGAGGAAAGUGACCACGGUGAAGCUCAGACUGUGAACUUGAGUAUUGAUAAAACUCAGAAUGCGGUGGAGGAGAUGCCCGCUGAGAGCCAAGAUCAGAACGGAGGCCAGCAUGGGGACUCAGGAUCAGCUAGAAAUGCAGAGCCACAACUAAAGAGGAGACUUCGCAAAAACAGAAGUCACAGUAACAAUGUAAACAACGCUGACAUGUCAGAGAUUCACCGCAGAACUCAGACAGGUAAAAAGCCUAUUGAAUGUUACACAUGUGGGAAAUAUUUUAAGUAUAACUAUUUAUGGAAGUUACACACAAGAGUCCACACAAAUGAGAGGCCAAAUUCUUGUGAAACAUGUGGGAAACAUUUCAAAAGUAAUUAUAACUUGACAGUCCAUAUGACAACCCACUCAGUUGACAAGCAGUACCUUUGCAAGACCUGCGGGAAAAGAUUUAGAACGCCAACAACACUGACCCGUCAUAUAAGAACCCACACAGGUAAGAAACCGUACCUUUGCAAGACCUGCAGGAAAAGAUUUACUGCACCAACAGCACUGAUCCGUCAUAUAAGAACCCACACAGGUGAGAAGCAGUACACGUGUAAAACAUGUGGUACACAUUUCAGGCGUGAAGCUCAUUUGACUGACCACAUUAGGUCCCACACAGGUGAGAAGCCAUACCUUUGUAACACCUGCGGGAAAAGAUUUAGUGUGCAAGCAACAUUGAUCCGUCAUAUAAGAACCCACACAGAUGAGAAGCCGUACAGGUGUAAAACAUGCGGUACACAUUUCGGGCGUGAAGAUCAUUUGACAGUCCACAUUAGGUCCCACACAGGUGAGAAGCCAUACCUUUGUAACACCUGUGGGAAAAGUUUUAGUGAGCCAACAACGCUGACCCGUCAUAUAAGAACACACACAGGUGAGAAGCCGUACACGUGUACAACAUGCGGGAAAGAUUUCAGUCGUGACGAUACAUUGAGAGUCCACAUGAGGUCCCACACAGGUGAGAAGCCGUACCUUUGCAAGACCUGCGGAAAAAGAUUUAGUGCGCUAAUAACACUGACCCGUCAUAUAAGAACCCACACAGGUCAGAAGGUGUACACUUGUAAAACAUGCCACAAAGAUUUCAGACAAAAAGUACAUCUGAAAGUCCAUAUAAGAACCCACACAGGUGAGAAGCCGUAUUCUUGCAAAACAUGUGGCAAAUGUUUCACAGUUAAUGCUCAGUUGAAAGUCCACAUGAGAAGAGCCCACACUGAUGAGAGGCAGAACAAGUGAGGAGCCGCAUAAUUUAAGUUCUUGUAGAAAUUUUCGUUUUUCUCAAAUCACAUUCUUAAAAUAUUUGAAGAUCGAGCUGAAACUCCUGUGUUGCAAUUGCUACGUCUUUGUAAUUGAAUGUAAAAUAUUUUUUUCCAACACGAGAUGACAGUAUCUUUGUGUAACGUUUUUUUAAUGACAUUGUUACUUCUAUGUAUGUUUUCAAACAGUAUUUCUGUAUUUUAGUUUCACAGUGAGUGCACAGGUGUGGCUGUUACAGUCAUGGUGUGAUCUGGAUGGUUGUUAUUUUUCCCAAAUGUCCAUUUACAGUGUUAGAAUUACUUUUUGUUUACAGUUAAACAAGAUGACUUUAAACCCAUGUUCUUCACAUAAUAUUUGAUAAUUUUAUAUAAAGCCUUUUACACUUCUUUGCAAGAAGUCAGAUCUUACCUUAUACUGGCAUCACUCAUCUAUUUUUUUUUAGAAAUCUUGUGAAAUGUGCAUUCUUUUCGCUAUUUUAAUAAAUUAACCCAUUCAUGUG